UGUGACAUCUUUGGGCGCCGAUCCGAAAUGCUGAAGGGUUGGCGCAGUUAUAAAGCAGUGGUUCGGUCUCCUCUUCCUGAAAUCAGCAGCGAUGAAGGGAUGCUUGAAGAAAAGCGUCCUGAGCCUGCUGAUGCAAGCUCCGAACAAAAAUGA